AUUGACUCACGGAACUGGGAUAUGGAUAUGGAUAUGGUGCUCGGAGCUGGGUUUGUGAACAGAGUUCUAUGCUUCUUCAUCAAUGGCUUCAAUCAGUAGCUUAUACAGAUGUGUAUCGAAUCAAGACGCUCGUCUUCCUCGAAUCCGUUCGAGUUCUGAGGCCGAUCAAUCUCGACCCAAUAAUCAGAUGUUCUCCAUUUCGGUUCCCAUAUCCAGAAGAGACGCGAGUAUUAUCUUCCUCAGUUCGCUUCCAUUGACGAGCUUCUUCUUUAUUCCACCAAGCUCUUCAGAAGCAAGAGAGAGACGGAGCAGAAAAGUUAUCCCUCUCGAGGAAUAUUCCACUAGCCCUGAAGGGUUGAAAUACUAUGACAUUGAGGAAGGCAAAGGUCCAGUAGCUACAAAAGGAUCAACUGCUCAGGUGCAUUUCGAUUGCCGUUACAGAAGCAUCACUGCAAUCUCAACUCGAGAAUCCAAGCUUUUGGCUGGAAAUCGUAGUAUUGCUCAGCCUUAUGAGUUUAAGGUCGGGUCUACGCCAGGAAAGGAAAGGAAACGCGAAUUCGUUGACAAUCCAAACGGGUUGUUCUCUGCACAAGCUUCACCAAAGCCUCCUCCAGCAAUGUAUUUCAUAACCGAAGGAAUGAAAGUCGGUGGCAAGAGAACUGUGAUUGUUACUCCUGAAGCUGGUUAUGGCCAGAAAGGGAUGAACGAGAUACCGGUGAGAACCUACUACAAAUUGUAUAUGAGCCUGGAGCUACAUUUGAGUUAAACAUAGAGCUGCUUCAGCUGAAGCCCCCAGAAGAGAAAUGAAAACAGAUAAGAGAAGUUUGAAGCUUCAAGCAUUGUCCCAACAUUUGUGUAAAGAUAACAGAGGAGAAAAGAGAGAGAGAGAUAUAUGUAAUUUUUUGGAGUCUUUGGUGUCUGGUUAUACACCAAACUCUGGUACACUAAAUAACCGGUAUAUUUGUUGCACUAAAAUCUAGCGUGGGAGCUUCUCGUUGUUUGUUAAA